UUAAAACCUUCUGCUUUCAGCCCCAUUUCCUUCCCUCCUCAGACCCGACUCCGCACCGCGAGCUUCCUUCAGCCCCCCGUUUGUCUCUCGAGAGAAAUUCAGCAGAUACUUUGGCAGCUAUGGAAACCGGAGGGAAGAUGAAGAAGGGCGCCGGCGGUAGGAAGGGAGGCGGCCCGAAGAAGAAACCCGUUUCCCGGUCCGUCAAGGCCGGCCUGCAGUUCCCUGUCGGUCGUAUCGGUCGGUACCUGAAGAAGGGAAGGUAUUCAGAGCGUGUCGGCACCGGAGCUCCGGUAUACUUGGCUGCCGUGCUCGAGUAUCUUGCCGCUGAGGUUCUCGAGUUGGCUGGUAAUGCUGCGAGGGAUAACAAGAAGAACAGAAUCAUCCCGAGGCAUGUCCUCUUGGCAGUGAGGAACGAUGAGGAGCUCGGAAAGUUGCUUGCGGGCGUGACCAUUGCCCACGGAGGAGUCCUUCCGAACAUCAACCCUGUUCUUCUUCCUAAGAAAACUGACAAGGCCACCAAGGAACCCAAGUCCCCAUCAAAGGCCACGAAGUCCCCCAAGAAGGCUUAGAUUUUCUUCUACUGAUUCUGUGCUUUUCUUCCUCCCUUGACUGCUCUCCUUGUGUAUGUACGCAUCAUCUCCGUGUAAUUCUCUCUGGGUUGUAGUGAUCGAUCGAUCGUGUUGUUUAGGAACUGGAAAUUAGCGUUACUUUCUGAACAUCAUUCUGCUUGAAUUGAAUGAAAGUCCAAAUUCUAGAUUGCGAGAAGUCCAAA